AUGGAUCAUCAACAACUCUUCUCUCUCCGGUCAUUUCCAUACGUCUUCAAGAUCAAGAAACAUUUCUUCGUCAGCCUUUCUUUACUUACCCUCCUCAUAUUCUCCACCGUCGUCAUCGUGAAUCUCGUCGGCUCCUCCUCCUUCGAGCCCUUUUUCCGUCUCGGAUUGUUGUCGCUUUCGAAAACCCUGACAAAAGAUUGCGAUUACUCUAAAGGAAGAUGGGUUCGUCGAACGUCACCGUCUCUUGGAUUACUAUACGGAGAAGACUGUCCCUUUCUUGAUUCCGGUUUUCGUUGUCGUAAGAAUGGAAGAAACGAUUACGGUUAUCUUCAUUGGCGAUGGCAACCACACGGCUGCGAUCUUCCACGGUUUAACGCAAGUGAUUUUCUGGAGAGGAGUCGGAACGGGAGGAUAGUGUUCGUGGGAGAUUCCAUCGGAAGAAACCAGUGGGAGUCUCUAAUGUGCAUGCUCUCACAAGCAAUACCUAAUAAAUCUGAAAUCUAUGAAGUAAAUGGGAGCCCCAUAACUAAACACAAGGGCUUUCUCUCGAUGCGAUUCCCACAGCAAAACCUUACGGUUGAGUACCACAGAACACCGUUUCUCGUCGUGAUUGGCCGGCCGCCGGAAAACUCACCGAAAGAGAUCAAAACCACAGUGAGAGUCGACGAAUUCAACUGGCAAUCAAAGAGAUGGGUCGGGUCAGAUGUUCUUGUUUUUAACUCAGGGCACUGGUGGAACGACGAGAAAACCGUGUUAUCAGGAUGUUAUUUUGAGGAGGGAAGGAAAGUGAACAAGACAAUGGGAGCAAUGGAGGCAUUUGGGAAGUCUUUGAAGACAUGGAAGUCAUGGGUCUUGGAGAGACUUGAUCCAAACAAGAGUUAUAUCUUCUUCAGAAGCUACUCUCCAGUGCACUACAGAAAUGGGACAUGGAAUUUGGGUGGUCUGUGUGAUGCAGAGACGGAGCCUGAGACUGAUAAAAGGAAGAUGGAACCUGACGCGAGCCACAAUAAAUAUAUCUAUGAAGUGAUUGAAGAUAUGAGAUAUCAACACAGUAAAGUUAAGUUUCUCAACAUUACAUAUCUGACAGAGUCUAGGAAAGAUGGUCACCCUUCUCGGUAUCGAGAGCCGGGCACUCCUCUUGAUGCACCUCAAGACUGCAGCCACUGGUGCUUACCUGGCGUACCUGACACAUGGAAUGAGAUUCUCUAUGCACAACUCCUGUCGAUGAAUUAUACAACAAAUUGA